AUUAAAUUCUUAAAAAAUAUGAGCUUUGCUAAUUCAAUUCCAUCAAUUAUUCCGUCCUCAUCAACAUUAACAUCUCCAAUUAUAACAACUUGUGAAAAUAUUAAUGAGACCUCUUCUCCUUACAAACAAGACAAUCAACAACAACAACAAAACAAUUUAAGCCAGACUAGAAGUUCACCAACAUCUGUGGGAACUCCAAAAGAAAAUUCUGGUACUGGAAAGCAGCCACCAUCAAAAAGUUAUUGUAUUUUGACUCCUUGUAGCAAUUCACAUCCUUUUGAAGAGAGAAGAAUUCUUGUUGGACGAUCGGAAGAAAAUGCUGUUAAAAUUGGACGUUCUAUUGUUAGACUUCAACCAGCACAUAGUAAUGCUAUUUUUGAUUGUAAAGUGCUUUCAAGGAAUCAUGCAAUUCUUUGGAUGAAUGAUGACGUUCAUUUCUUCAUUAAAGACACACGAAGUUCAAAUGGCACUUUUAUAAAUAAUGAUCGGUUGAGUCCUAGUGGAGAAGAAAGUGAACCUAGAGAGCUCUUUUCUGGUGACAUUCUUCAACUUGGGGUUGAAAUUGUGGAUAAUGCAAAGAAAGUCGCUAGUGGAUGUGUUACUUGUAUUGUGCGAUUGACAAACGAGAAGGGAGAAGAAUAUGUUGAUAGACCUCAAUUGGACUCUUUUGCUUUUCCCAUUCGAAAUGAAAAUCAAAUUCCAUUAAAUUACACUUUGGUUAGAAACGACAAAUUAUUUAUUUUUGAACAAUAUUUGAAAGAGGCAAAACACAGAGAAAAUCUUCUCGGUCAAAAGCUUCAAACAAUCGAAGGUCAACUUUUAACUGCACAAGAAGAACUUCAGGCAAAAUGGGAUGAACAUAUCAACCAGGAACUUCUUCUUUCUCGUAUUGAACUUCUUGAAUCUCAAUUAUUAACUUACAGUGAAGUGAAUCAAUUAAAACGAGAAAUUCGAGAAUUAAUUGAAGACAGAGCAAAGUCUGAACAAUUGGCUAAAGAGUCGAUUAGGAAGAAAUGCGAACAAAUUCAAGAAGCAACUAUGCGUUUGAAUGAUGUGGAAAUGGGUUUGGUAAAUGUGGAGGAGGAGUGCGCUUUUCUUCGACAGCGUUGUUCAGAUUAUGACUUACAACUUAUUAAGCAAAGAGACAAUUACGAUAUGCUUAUGGGAAAGUAUAAUGAGGUCUGUGCUCAACUAGUUACAGCAGAAAAGGCUGCUGCUAGUGCUGAAAAACCUCUUCAACCACCACCAUCACCUCCUCCUUUGGAGAAAGGCUUUCUUGUGGAAAAUGGUGUUGAUGUUUCUACUUGUUCAUCAACUGAUACCAAAGAAGAGAAGGGAAGUCCGAAAAAAGACAAAAAUGCUGAAAAGCAUGAAUCAAAUGUGGAAGAGGGAGAGAUUGUUAGUCCGUCUUUGGAAGAAGGGGAAAUUGUUAGUUUGACAAAGUCGACAUUUUAUCAUGAAGAAGAACAAAAAAUGGCAAACUACUUCCAUAAUUGUAAAGAACAAGAAUUACUUAAGAAAGUGGCUGAAUUGGAGUUACAACUUAAAGAACGCAAAAUUAAUGGGAAUAAUAAUGAAGAGGAAAGGGCUUUGACUACAACAACGACACCUCAAUCUUCUGCCGAUUUUCAGGUCUUUUUGUUGUCAAUCUUCCCAUUUUUGCUUGUUUUGUUGUUGUUUCUUGCACCAUUCUUUUACUUUUCUGCUUGGCCUUGGACUUCAAAUAAUGAGCAGCAAAACGUGGAGAAUGAACAAUUAUUGCAAAAUGAAGAUGAAUUAACAAAUAAAGAGGAAAAUGAAUAA